AUGUCGGCUUCAGAGAGCAGGUUUGACAACGGAGCACUGGAAGAGCAACGCCGCUGGUCAGCCAGUGGAAUGUUUCGAAACACAUGGCAACGGAUGAACGAAUGGGGCGACGAAAUUGAGCGCCGCCAUUUCGACGGAAACUUUGUGGGUAGUCUGGUAGGUGCUCCGAUGAGGGCAGGACAGGUGAUGAAUGAGUGGGGCGAUGACUUUGAACGCCGCCAUUUUGAAGGCGACUUCCUUAGUGCCGUAUCGAGGGCGCCUGUUGCAGCUGGUGAGGUACUUUCUGAAGCUAUUGGCCAAAUAGUUGACAGCUCCUUGGAAUUGCCAGUUGACUCCGUGGAACCCUGGAUGACACCCGGCUUCGAUGCGGAAGCUUUCGUGUCCUUCCAUCCCACCGCUGCCAUGGAGGAUGCGCCGCACGUAGAGGAAGCAAGAGGUCCCUCCCCACCCUCCCCAGCCGCCCCUGAUGUGCCCUCGUCCGAACACUCACCCGAGCACUCCCCCGCACGUUCGGAGCGCAGGAACUCCAGCUCGAGCACUGGUGGCCGAACAGUGGACGAAGUUGCAGCCUUCAUGUCCAGUCUGCCCGAUGGUGCAGAAAUGGAGAGAGUGGCUGAGGAGCUGCAGGUGCAGUUGCAUGCUGAGCAGGCCAAACGGCAGGGACGCUAUGAGGCACUCCGUGCGCUGAAGGUGGCCUUGCUGCAGCUUCCCCGUGAGGCUGCCCAGGAGAAGGGCUUGGCAGAUGAAGCUGCGGGCGCUCGGGCAGAAGCGGCUGCCAGGGCUUGUGCGGCUCAGCGCGCUCUGCAAGCACUGAAAGAGAACCACCAGCAAUUGCAAGAGAAGCUGGAGGCACAGGUAGAUCAGCGUGAGCAGCUCGAAGCUGCUGCCGCAGCGGCUCGGGCCGCUGUAGAGCGUGCUGCCCAGCUGGCGGCCUCAGCAUGCCGGGAAUGGGCCAGGGAUGGUCCAGAAACCGAUGCAUUGAAGUCUUCGAAGAUCGAGCUGGCAGAGCUACUUGCAGAGCUCGACGAGGCGCGUCUCCAUCGCCGGCGCGAGCUGAAGGCUUUGCAGCAGGAGGUGGAGACCCUCGAGCGGGAGAACCAGUGGUUUCGCUCCGGAGGUCAUGAUCAAUACGAGGCGCCUGCAUCUUUCACGGCUUCCCUCAGGAAGCUGUUCAAGGUGGCCAUUGGCAAAGGGGAUGCCCCGGACAGUACCCCGACUAGCACUUCAUCGCCGUCGGCAUGA